AUAGCUGUGUUACGAAAAGGCUCCCUCUUGUGGUGACACAACCCUCUGCAAGAUUAUCAAUCAAUAUGGCCAAUGGGUUUAGACACAUACAUAUAGACAAUUUAAGUUAAGAAGGCUCCAUUCUGUGUUUGACCUUGUGCUAAUUAAAGUCUUCUCUAUUCCCUUCCAAGCAACCAGAGCUUAAAUACAUAGCUCUGCAUCUAAUUAACAGAGUCUGGGAGCGAGACAGGACCGGGAAGAUGGGCAGAGCUCCUUGCUGCGACAAGGCAAAUGUAAAGAAAGGGCCAUGGUCUCCCGAAGAAGAUGCCAAGCUAAAGGAGUACAUAGAGAAACAUGGCACUGGUGGGAAUUGGAUCUCUCUCCCACAAAAAGCUGGUUUGAAAAGAUGUGGGAAAAGCUGCAGACUAAGAUGGCUUAACUAUCUCAGACCUAACAUUAAGCACGGCCAGUUCUCUGAUGAUGAAGAUAGAAUCAUCUGCAACCUCUUCGCUAGCUUUGGAAGCAGGUGGUCGAUAAUAGCAGCUCAUUUACCUGGGAGGACCGACAACGAUAUCAAGAAUUAUUGGAACACCAAGCUUAAGAAGAAAAUGAUGCCCAUGAAUCCUUCAUCUCAGGGGAGUAAGCCUCCUCAUCAACCCACCCUUUUAACCAUUCUUCAAAAUUCCACACCAGCUUCACCAUUAUUAUUCUCAGACAGAACCAACUCUUGCUACCACCAUGCUAACGCAUCAUUCACAGGCUCUUCUAAUCUUUUGAGUGGUAACGCGUUUACUUCUGCAAACUUCACUUUUCAACACCAUGAUUGUAGUUUUAAGGAACCUAUUCGGAAUCAGCAAGUGUCUAUGGUUGGGGGUGAGGCUGCUAGUUGCAGUUCUUCUGAUGGAAGCUGCAAUAACCAGAUCACUCAUAUCAGAGAAGCAGAGUUUGUGUACGGAAGAUAUGGAACUUUAAUCCAACAGGUUGGUGGUGCGCAUAAUUAUUACCACAACAAUGGAUUGUGGGGAGAGAGUUUAUUAGAUUAUGGGAUGGAUGAGAUUAAACAAUUAGUAAGCACAGGUAGUUGCAGCAACUUGUUUUUCGAUGAGAAGACAGAGGAAAGGGUUGUGCACUACUGAUGCUGACAGUGGGCAAAAUCAAAGAGAUUUGGAAGAGGUAAAAUAGAAAGACCCUGAUUUUGGAUCAAGUUUAAGCCAAUCUUUUUGAUACUACAUGGGGAAGUUUCGCUUUCUUCGUGCUUCGCUUUCUGGGAAAAGAUGUGUUGGGAGUUUUCUUAUACCUUAAAGAUGUCCCGAAAGAGAUUAUUGAAGAAAGAAAAGACGCCCUGAAAACUGGAGUAGUCCUUAUCCACCUGAAAUAAAGGAUAGCAGCAGGCAUGAACUAUUUUUAAUGUUUCGCUUUGUAUAUAUGUUAAUCAAACAAGUAUUCCAUUUUUAUCUGCCACAAAUGCACGUUUCCCCCUCAAAAGAUGGGCUAGAAUUUGACAUUUUUA